AUGUCUGACGGCGUUAGGUCAGUAUUGGAGGCGUACGAUGACCCAUCAGAGCAUAGAUCCUUGUCUCUGGAUGACUCCAGCAGUGCUGAGGAAUCACCGGAGGACACAAAGCUUUCGCUGGAACCAUCGAAUGAUCUGUUCCCUUUCAUCGGGCAGAGAUUCCUCACUCAUGAUGAUGCGUAUGACUUCUAUCGCGAGUUUGCCAGGCAAUGCGGGUUCUCCAUCCGCAGACAUCGAACAGAAGGGAAGGAUGGGGUCGGCAAAGGGCUCACCAGACGCUACUUCGUCUGCCACAGAGCUGGGAAUACGCCGGUGAAAGCUUCGAACGAAGCCAAACCACAGAGGAACCGGAAGUCCUCUCGCUGUGGCUGCCAAGCUUACUUACGCAUCAGCAAAACCGUGGAUUCGGGGGCGCCCGAGUGGCGAGUCACGGGCUUUGCGAACCACCACAACCACGAGCUACUGGAAGCCCACCAAGUCCGAUUCCUCCCCGCCUAUCGCGCGAUAUCAGAGACUGACAAGAAUCGCAUUAUAAUGUUCGCAAAGUCUGGGAUCUCUGUCCAGCAGAUGAUGAGAGUGAUGGAGCUCGAGAAGUGCGUGGAGCCUGGGUACUUGCCCUUCACAGAGAAAGAUGUGAGGAACCUCAUACAGACUUUCAGGAGAAUGGAGCAGAGUGAAGAGAGCAUCAGCCUUCUCAGAAUGUGUAGGAACAUCUACGACAAGGACCCCAGUUUCAGAUAUGAGUUUACAUUGGACGCGAACAACAGGUUGGAGAACAUCGCCUGGUCAUAUGCGUCAUGUGUGCAGUCGUAUGAUGUCUUCGGGGACGUGGUUGUCUUCGACACGACCCAUCGUUUGACUGCCUUCAACAUGCCCCUAGGAAUAUGGAUUGGCGUGAACAACUACGGAAUGCCUUGUUUAUUUGGCUGUGUGCUUCUCCGAGAGGAAAAUCUCGAGUCUUUCUCAUGGGCACUUAAGGUAAUAACCUCUGGAUAAUCUAUCUCAUAAUCUCUUUCAUUUUGCUAAAUAUGGAUUCUAUGAAUGUGGCAGGCAUUUCUGAGGUUCAUGAAUGGAAGGGUCCCUCAAACAGUCUUGACAGACCAGAAUAUGUGCCUUAAGGAAGCCAUACCGAAUGAGAUGCCCCAUACAAAGCAUGCUCUCUGCAUAUGGCUGCUUGUGGCGAAGUUCCCAUCCUGGUUUAAUGCGAUCCUCGGAGAACGAUACAAUGAAUGGAAGACCGAGUUUUAUCGGCUCUACAACAUGGAGUCUGUCAAUGACUUUGAACUUGGCUGGAGAGAGAUGGUCAACUCAUUUGGGCUCCACACAAACAGGCACAUAGCCAAUCUGUAUGCAUUCCGUAAUCUCUGGGCUUUGCCAUAUCUGAGGAGUCAUUUCUUUGCGGGGAUGACUCUGCCGGGAAUAUCAAAGUCAAUAAAUUCUUUCAUCCAGCGCUUCCUGAGCGCCCAAGCUCGAUUAGCUCAUUCCAUAGAGCAGGUAUCUAUUUUUUCGCACCCAUUGUUUAUAAUUUUAUAUGCGUUAGUUAGUGCGUGCUAGGAAUCCUUCUUUUUGGGUGGAAUUCGGAUCUUAAGGCAGGAAUAAUUUCCAAAUGUGUUCUUAACCCCGUUGACCACCUUCUGCCUGCAGGCGGCUGUCGCUGUGGAUUUCAAAGAUCAAGCCGCAGAGCAGCAGAUAAUGCAGCAGAAUCUGCAGAACAUCUGCCUGAAAACCAGUGCACCAAUGGAAUCCCAUGCUGCUUCUGUCCUAACGCCAUAUGCCUUCUUUAAGCUCCAAGAUGAGCUGGUUAUGGCUGCCCACUACGCCUCAUUUCAGAUGGAGGAUGGUUCUUUCCUUGUGAGACACCACACUAAACUUGAUGGCGGCAGGAAGGUUAUCUGGGUCCCGCGGGAUCAGGGCCUUGCCUGUAGCUGCCAUAUGUUUGAGCUCUCGGGCAUCCUGUGUAGGCAUGCUCUCCGGGUCCUCUCUACUGUCAACUGCUUUCAGAUUCCAGAGCAGUACCUGCCUUUACGUUGGCGUCGAGUCAACUCGAUUCCCCCAAAGCAGCAGGCCUCGGGGAGCUCUCUGACUGACCGGGUUGACCAGAUUCAGAUUUUAAAGUCUUUGGUUUCAGCUCUCAUGGCUGAGGCUGCAAAGUCAAAGGAGAGGUUGGAUACUGCAUCUGAAGAGAUCUCUGCUCUGCUGUCUCGCAUCAGGGAGCAGCCGGUUUCAUCCCACAGGCCCAAAGAUACGACCCCAGAGAGUUGUUGA